AGAUAUUGUCACAUGAAAGAUAUCGUUUUCAGAUAUAUUGCCUGGUUUUAACAAAUGCCUAUUCGAUCGGCCAUUUGAGAAUAGUUCGUUUUUGUUUACGAAUACCGGCAAUCCGGUAUUGUUAAAACAUGACAAAUAAUUUAUAUGCACAAAUUAUAGUAAGAAAAUACUAGUAAGAAAAUAAAUAAGAAUAUUUUAUCACAAGUAUUGAAACAGUAUAUUGAAAGAAGCAAGAAUCAAAAUGGAUAAAAUAAUGGAGCUCCUAGAUGCUAAAUUGCGCACGACAGGCAAGCAUCGUGAACUCACAGAUAAGUAUAAAAAACUUAAGACUGAUGAGGAACGUGUAAUAUUCUCUUUCAACAUUAUGUUGGAGUAUGAUAUAGUUCCUAACGUAACUGGUAUGCCAAAAAAUGCCAAAGAAUCAGAGAAAUUGAGAGAGGAAGGUAAUAAAGUUUUUGUCAAAGCUGCUUUAAAUAACAUGGCAUGCAUUAAGGCACUGAAGUUAUAUACGAAGAGCAUAGCUUUCGCACCUUAUCCAUCCAAGCAACUUGCUCUGGCUUAUGCCAAUAGAUCAGCAGUUUUGUUUCAAUUAGGGUUGCAUUCAGAAUGUAUUCAGGAUAUCGAUCGAGCACUAAUUCUAGAUUAUCCCGAUGACUUAAGAGCCAAGCUUUAUGUACGCAAAACAGAAUGUUCAAUGAUCCUGGGAAAUUGUUCCACAGAAGACAUUCUUAAAGAAGCACAGUAUUGGCUGGACAAGAUGUCCCUAAAUGAUACAAGUCGAAAAAAAUUACGAGCAAAACUUGACACUUUACAUCAUAAGACUGCACAGACAGAAUUGCCUGCUCAAGAUGCCUCUAAACAGACACAAACGAAGAAAUCAAACAACGAACUUUCUCUACCUACUGUUCCAUCACAAAAUGACGAAAUUCUUUGCGCAUCAGAUGCAGUGGCCAUACAAUACAACAAACGCCAUGGCAGACAUGUUGUUGCUACUCGGCACAUUCAUCCGAACGAGGUAAUCGCAGUAGAAAAGCCUUACUCGCUAAUGCUGACACAAGAGAAUAUGCAGACACACUGCUCAAACUGCUUGAGAGUAUGUUGGGCGAAUAUACCCUGUAAUUAUUGCACUUACGCUAUGUACUGUUCGGAAGAAUGCAGAUAUACUGAAUGGAAACAAUGCCACGAUGUGGAAUGCGCUGUCUUCCCCACUAUGAUCGAAUAUGCCUGUUAUAACAUCGAUUUGUUUAGCAUAAGGCUUGCUAUUCUUGCUGUAAGAGAGGCUGGUGAUAUACAGAAAUUAAGGACUAUGCUGAAAGAAGUUGACGAAUGUGAUGAUCCACGGACAAAGGGUUUUUUCAAAGAUGGAAAAUUGCACAGCGAUAAGUACAUAAGUAUAUACAGUCUUGUGACGAAUACCGAAAAGAGACCAGUCUCCGAUCUUUUCAGAAGAUCUUUGGAUACUUCCUUCAUGUUGUACAUUUUGGCAACGCGCACUGCUUUGUUCGGCACUACUUUACCCGACGAUAUAAAGAUAUUGGCGAAAAAUGAGGACGUUACAUUUUUUGGCAGUCUCAUUAUGAGACACCAGCAGAUAAUUCCCAGCAAUGCUCACUCUCUCCACGAGGAACAAGGUAUAGAAUCUGUAAGACGUGGCAUGGCUGCUAUGUCAUUCUUUAGCUUGUUUAAUCACAGUUGCAAUCCAAAUAUAUUGAGACGUUCGAUGCCGAAGCAUAUGGUGAUGCAUGCUUUGUAUCCCAUUCGAAAAGGCGAGCAGCUCUUAGAUAGUUAUGGCGAACAUUAUGCUAUUAUGCCGAAAAUGGCGAGGCAACAGAAGCUACUCAAACAGUAUCAUUUCAUCUGUGAUUGCAUAUCUUGCCAGGAAGACUGGCCCUUGUAUCAUGAACUAGAGUCGUUCAAGACUUUAGUGGAGAAAAACGCGGAUAAGGCUAAGAUAAAAAAGGCAUUGCGCAAAUUUAAUAUGUAUGUAGACCUAGCGACUGAAGGUAAUGUGCAAGGUAAGUUUUAUAUCAUUGAAGAUUUGGUAAAGAUGGUGCAAACAUUGUACGAUUGCGCGCCGAUGCCUUGCGAAGAGAUGAACAAUGUUGUUGAAACAUUAAAACGAGUAUAUGGCUUGAAUGGGAAUAGAUUCGAGAUACCAAAAAUAUGGACAUAUAAAAAGUGAAAUGUCCUUUCUAUACUUUUGAUGUAACAAUGUUGUUGUUUUUAUAUAUAAGAAGUAUAUUUUAUAAGGAUUCUUAAGAAAGAGAUUAAUAUUUUUAUUUUUAAAUAUGCGAUAGAGUUUUUGGAGAUAAAGAAAUAGUUUUUUGAAGAGAUAUAUAAACAUUUAUAUAAAGAAAA